AUGUCGUCAUACGUAGCGUCACUUCACUUCCUGGUCGGUGUGUACAUUGACAACGCAGACUGCCGAUUCGACUUGUUUCAGCGAAGUGCUCAAAUUUACUUUCGUUUCAAUGGCGGCGCCGACGCGCUCGGCGCUUGUUCUUCCCCUAGUUCUGUUUCUUCUUCCAGUCUUCCGACGGACAUUUGUCGUUCUGGCGGCGCCGCAAACUGAUGAAGUGAGCGGACCUACUGAGGCGAGUUUGAGCAACAGCAGCAGCGCAGCAGGAAAUGCGGGAAGAGAAGGCCAUACGCUAAGCGGCUUCAACGCGGAUUCGUUGAUGGUGCAGCGAGCCUUGUACGUGCUCGUCGCCAUCACCGCCUUGGGCAUGCUUUACUUCCUUGUCAGGGCCGUGCGCGUGAAGAAGGCGCCUUCGAGGAAGACGUACAGCCUGCUGGCCCACUCGGAGGACACGUUGGCGCUGACGGCGGCGAGUGACGACGACGACGAUAACACGCUCUACGACGCUCGCAUUCUCCACAGAUCGGAGUGGGUCCCUCGUGACGCGACACGGGGUACCCACUCCGACCUUUGACCUGAGAUGAGUGGCAACCGACAUCCUCUGAAGUAAAAUCGGCCAAAAAAGACUUUGUUUUUAUUUUUGGGUGGUAUAUUUGGUUUUUGUUGUUUCUUUGAUCGAUAUUAAUUAGUUUUACUUUCACUUAGAAGUAUUUAUGUACACGUAAUGUAAUUUUUGUUUUUGGUGCUGCUGUUUGCCAAAGAAGAGGCGGAGCCAGCUGACUACCAAGCACAUUUGCUCAUCCUGGUGAUGAGCAUCAUGGGUUAAUGGAUGUUUUUUUGUUUGUUUUUUUAACUGACUGGUGAUGGGGUGACAGGCGUAUUGCUGGCGUUUGAUCGGCAGGUCUCGUCCGGACCAAAGCAUCCAAUUUCUUCUCUAAUUAGAAUUAAAAUGGCUACUUUUCUAUUAUUGAAUAA